AUGACAGUCCUACUGAACAUCACCCCCAGAGCAGACGAUGGGAAGCUCUCCUUUGAUGAAUUCAAAGCCUACUUCUCCGAUGGAGUCUUGACAGCUGAGGAGUUGAAGGAGCUCUUCCAUACAAUUGAUACCCAUAACACAGACAAUGUUGACACUGAUGAACUCUGUGAGUAUUUCUCCCAGCACCUCGGUGAAUAUGAGAAUGUUCUCGCUGCCUUAGAAGACCUUAAUAUGUCCAUACUGAAGGCGAUGGACAAAACAAAGAAGGAUUAUCAGGGGUCCACCCACCUGGAGCAGUUUGUGACACGCUUCCUGCUAAAGGAGACAACCAAUCAGCUUCAUUCGCUUCAAAGCUCGCUCGAGUGCGCCAUGGAAACCACAGCCGAGCAGACUCGCCAGGAGAAACAGGGCCCACUGAAGCCAGAGGUUUUGUCCAUCCAGUGGUCGGGUCGUCGCUCCAAUCGGAGGCUUCAGAGGAACAGCAGCCUAUCUCCCAACAACCCGCUCCUCAGUCUUGUCAAUUCAGUUCAAAGGAAUAAUCCUAAUACUUGUUCAGCCAGGAAGGAGUGCAGAGUGCAGCAAGAUGCAGUAGAGAGACAGGAAGCACAAAAACCAUGA